CUGGACACCGAAUCAGGUGGGUCAUCACCAUUUCCUCCGCUAGACACCGAAUCAGGUGGGUCUUCUCCAUUUCCUCCUUUGAACACCGAAUCAGGUGGGUCUUCUCCAUUUUCUCCUGUAGAGAAUCAGAUGGGUCUUCUCCAUUUCCUCCUAUUAAGAAUCAGAUGGGUCUUCUCCAUUUCCUCCUGUUACAGAUCAGAUGGGUCUUCUCCAUUUCCUCAUGUAGGUUACAUAUGGUGGGUCUUCUCCGUUUCCUCCUGUUACAUAGGGGGCAUGUGGGUUGAGUGUAUACUCCCACGUGAAGGUGUUUUGCCAAGCAAUCGUGUUCGCAACGGCUUCGAUUCUUGGCCAUUCGGCUAUGUGGUAGAGUGCCACUCUAAACUCAGCAACGGCUUCGAUUCUUGGCCAGUCGGGUAUGUUGCAACGGCUUCGAUUCUUGGCCAGUCGGCUAUGUCGGAGACUGUUACUGUCUACAGUUUCUCCUUUGUUCGAGCUCUAAAUCCGUUGCACCUUGAGUUCUUGAACUCUCUCUUGAUUAAGGCCUUCAUUGUGUGA